AACUAGAAUAUAUAUAUUUCAAUUUAACACGAAACCCUAGCAUCGUAUAACAUAUCUCUAUCAGCAGCUGCAUAGGAGAAAAAGCAGCAUCACCAGCAGCCAUGGUUAAGUAUUCGAAUGAGCCUGAGAAUCCUACCAAAUCUUGCAAAGCUAGGGGCUCGUCUCUCAGAGUCCAUUUCAAGAAUACUAGAGAAACAGCGCACGCCCUUAGGAAGAUGCCUUUGAACAAGGCAAAGAGAUACUUGGAGGAUGUUCUUGCCCACAAACAAGCCAUCCCCUUCACACGCUUUUGUCGUGGUGUUGGCCGUACUGCUCAGGCAAAGAAUCGUCACUCAAAUGGACAAGGGCGUUGGCCUGUCAAGUCUGCAGGGUUUAUUCUGGAUUUACUCAAGAAUGCCGAGAGUAACGCUGAAGUUAAAGGCUUGGAUGUGGAUUCACUUUACAUAACUCAUAUCCAAGUAAACCAAGCACAGAAGCAGAGGCGUCGGACAUACCGUGCUCAUGGAAGAAUCAAUCCUUACAUGUCACAUCCCUGCCAUAUCGAGCUGGUAUUGUCUGAAAAGGAAGAAUCUGUCAGGAAAGAGCCUGAGUCUCAAUUGGCUCCCAGAAAGGCGAAGGCAUCUUCUUGAGGGGAGGAAUGAAUCCCUGAAUUUUGGAAGUAUAAUUCCAAUGUCCCUGUAGCCUUAGUUUCAGAAGAAUUUUGUGUUAUUUGGAACAUUUCUUGAUAGGAAUUUGGGGUUGUGUAAUUUUACUAUUUCAGAGCUUAAAUUCUGUUGUGCUUUUUAAAGCAUGUUUUCUGAGGAAAUGUUGGAGUUCUAUUUCGU